UAUAAAUACACACACAAAAAGAACACCAAGCCUCAGGCCGCCACGCAGUUUCUCUCUCCACAAAAUUCGAAUUUCGAAUUCGGAUCCGGAGCCACCGCCUCCGUCUUCCCAAUUGACCUUUCUCUUCCGCGGCAUCCGCCAUUUUUUCUCCUUCCUCUACCCGCAAAACCGAAAAAACCCACAACCACACGAACAAUACGACUCAGAGAAUCCCCUAUCCCCAAUUCUUCUCCUCCUCUUUUGCUGCGGCCGGGUUGUUUUCUAUAGCACAACAAUGAGGAAGGGAGCUAAGAGAAAGCGGGCGGAGAAGGCGGCGACGAAAGAUAAGAAGGAUAAGGAGGUCGCCGUCGUCGAGGAGCCCAAAGCUUCUACUUCUUCGUCUGCGGAAGCAGAGCCUGCGGCGCCGGCGGCGGAUGGGAAUCACAAGCAGGCGAAAGAAGAGGUGGCUCCUCCUGCUGCUGGUAAAGCUCGUCCUCCUCGAGCUAAGCGGGCCAAGGUCGAGCCCGAGCCGGAGUACUUCGAAGAGAAGCGGAACAUGUUUCGGAGCAGUAUAUAGCUUUGCCCUUAUCACUUCCGCCACUUGAGUUUCUUUUGGGGUCUUUUUCAUGUAUAAUCGAGAUGGUCGAACUUUGCUGUGCAGGAGGAUCUAUGGAAGGCUGUAUUCCCAGUCGGGACAGAGUGGGAUCAAUUGGAUGGUUUGUACAAGUACAACUGGGACUUCUCCAAUCUGGAAGAAUCUUUUGAAGAGGGAGGAGCUCUGCAUGGCAAGAAAGUUUAUCUCUUUGGCUGUACUGAACCCCAAUUGGUCCCUUACCAAGGCCAAAACCACGUAAUGAAUGUUCCUGCAAUUGUGGCUAUUGUUUCACCUUUCCCGCCAUCAGAUAAGAUGGGAAUUAAUUCGGUUCAAAGGGAAACGGAAGAAAUAGUUCCCAUGAAACAAAUGAAGAUGGACUGGGUCCCAUACAUUCCCAUGGAGAACAGGGACACAGAAGUUCUCAGAUUGAAAUCUCAAGUUUACAUCUUGAGCUGCACUCAGAGAAGGGCUGCUUUGAGACAUUUGAAGAUAGAGCGGCUUAAGAAAUUUGAAUACUGCCUUCCAUACUUCUAUCAUCCGCUGAAGGAAGACGAAUUUGACCAGAGCACUGAGGUCCAAAUAGUGUUUCCAGCAGAGGACAAGCCGGUUUUAUGUGAGUUUGAUUGGGAAUUGGAUGAGUUGGAGGAAUUCACUGAUAAUCUGAUAAAGGAUGAGGUACUAUCUGAAGGUCAGAAGGAUGAGUUCAAGGAGUUUGUUAAAAGCAAAGUUCGAGAAUCCAAGAAGGCUAACCGAGAGGCUAGGGAAGCUCGGAAAAGAGCAAGGGAAGAAUUGAGCACAGAGGCCAGAGCUGCGUUUGAGAAUAUGAAAUUCUACAAAUUCUACCCUAAGAAAACUGAUGAUUCCCCUGAUGUUUCUGCAGUUAAGUCUCCUUUCAUCAAUAGGUAUUAUGGGAAGGCCCACGAGGUUCUAUAAUCGAAAUGAUCUCCGCCCGAUCAUUCAACUCAGCCAAUUGGGAUGCAGCAUUCAUCUAAUCUAAAGCCCACGGAUGCUACCAAUGUGAACCGAGGGACUUGCAGCUCGUUCCCUGGCAUUCGAGGAAAAGUUUUUCUUCUGUCUUUUUGCCUCUGCUGUAAGAUCACUACAAAUGUCUGUAAGCACAUUGCAGAGUCUUGUGGGUUUUCCUCCAAGAGUCGGGGAAAUAUGUAAAACUUGUAGGUUUCUAGAGAAGAGAUUAGUUAUCAAGGCAGAUAGAGGAGGAAUGUGUAAGAUCUCUGCAAUGUUUUUUGAGGAUUUUGCUCUUGGGAGCUAUGGGUAGUUUUGAGUUUGGGUUUGUCAUUAAACCCAUAAAAAAAUUUAUCUCCUACAAAUUGCUACUUACUCAGAAAUAUAGAUGAGGAUCUACAGAAUGGAAGCUGUACUCGUUUUGAUAGAUUUAAAUGCAAAUCGACUUGUACCUGUCGAACUUAAUUGCACUGA